GAAGAGGUGGGCUAGGACUAGCUUGGAGAGCAGAAGGUUGGAGACCUCGCGAACUUAAAACGCGCCUUUCUGGGCAUCCCUAGGCUAGCUCACCAUCCCAGCCUCAGGGUCGGGGCAAGCGGCUUGUUCCGUGGCGGGUGGCGGAGCGCGGGGUCGGUCUGGAGCGCCAUGAGCAGCCCGGAUGCGGGAUACGCCAGUGACGACCAGAGCCAGCCCCGGAGCGCGCUGCCCGCGGUGAUGGCCGGCUUGGGCCCCUGCCCUUGGGCCGAGUCUCUGAGCCCCCUCGGCGACGUCAAGGUGAAAGUCGAGGUGGUGGCGAGUAGCGGGACGCCAGCCGGGACCUCGAGUCGAGCCAAGGCUGAGUCUCGCAUCCGGCGGCCGAUGAACGCUUUUAUGGUGUGGGCCAAAGAUGAGCGCAAGCGGCUGGCACAGCAGAACCCGGAUCUGCACAACGCAGAGCUGAGCAAGAUGCUAGGCAAGUCCUGGAAGGCGUUGACGCUGGCGGAGAAGCGGCCCUUCGUGGAGGAGGCCGAGCGGCUGCGGGUGCAGCACAUGCAGGACCACCCCAACUACAAGUACCGGCCGCGGCGGCGCAAGCAGGUGAAGCGCAUGAAGCGGGUGGAGGGAGGCUUCCUGCACGCCCUGGCCGAGCCUCAGGCCGGCGCGCUGGGCCCCGAGGGCGGUCGCGUGGCCAUGGACGGCCUGGGCCUGCCUUUCCCGGAGCCGGGGUUCGCGGCCGGCCCGCCGCUUCUGCCCCCGCACAUGGGCGCGCACUACCGCGACUGCCAGGGCCUGGGCGCCCCCGCGCUCGACGGCUACACUCUGCCCACUCCGGACACAUCCCCGCUGGAUGGCGUGGAGCAGGACCCGGCCUUCUUCGCCGCCCCGAUGCCGGGAGACUGCCCGGCGGCCAGCGCCUACACUUACGGGCAGGUCUCGGACUACACGGUGCCCGCCGAGCCGCCCGCCGGCCCCAUGCGAGUGGGGCCGGAACCCUCGGGUCCUGCGAUGCCGGGGAUCCUGGCGCCCCCCAGCGCCCUGCACCUGUACUACGGCGCCAUGGGCUCCCCCGCCGCAAGCGCCGGGCGCGGUUUCCACGCGCAGCCCCAGCAGCCGCUGCAACCGCAGCCACCGCCGCAGCAGCCCCCGGCGCACGGCCCCGGGCAGCCUUCGCCCCCUCCCGAGGCUCUGCCCUGCCGGGACGUCACGGACCCCAACCAGCCCACCGAGCUCCUAGGGGAGGUGGACCGCACGGAAUUCGAACAGUAUCUGCACUUUGUGUAUAAGCCCGAGAUGGGUCUUCCCUACCAGGGACAUGACUGCAGCGUGAACCUCUCAGACAGCCACGGAGCCAUUUCCUCCGUGGUGUCCGAUGCUAGCUCAGCGGUCUACUACUGCAACUAUCCUGACAUUUGACGGGUGCCGACCCGACUUGCGGGCCAGAAGCAGUGUUACACUUCCUGGAGGAGCUAAGGAAAUCCUUAGCGGCAAGCUGUUUUGUUUUUAAGUUGCCUUGGCAUAUAAUUUAUGGUAAUUUAUUUUGUCUGCCACUUGAACAGUUGGGGCUAUAUGAGAUUUUGUUUAGAAGGUAUUGAGGGAUUUGUGUCCCCCACCCCCACGCCACUGGACCAGUUUUAACCAGUUUCACCGACUUGUUCCAUUUCUCGAAAGUGUUUUGAUCCAAAGACAUUUUGUUCAUGUUUUUUACAAUCUUAAAAAAAAUAAAAUCUGGAAUCUUUAAAAUCAAUCUCGAUCACAUUGGUUUUAUCGGAAAUUAAUUUAAAGAUAUACUGAAUAUUAUUAGAAGUGUAUAGUUAACUGUAAAAUUUUCAUUUUCUUACAAUGGUAUACCUAAACACCAUAAAGAAACCGUAAAUAUACAGUUGGGAUUGUUCAAAUGUGCUAUAAUUGCUUAACUACGAAAAAUUUUCUCACAGAAUGAACUUGCCUUGUACGCUUCAAAUGAUACUGGUUUCUAAAAAUAAUGUUGUAAAUGUUUAUAAUUUUGUACACUUUAAUAAGAAGUUCUCCAAAAA